AUGGCAUCGCCGGCCAAUUCAGUCCCUGAUACGCAACUCGGUCUGACAAAUGAUGAGGUAGCCUUGCUGCGCCAUCACCAGCAGGCGGCUGCCUCCACUGCCGGUGGUUCGUCCUCUCGAGCAGCGUCGCGCGCUUCCUCCCAGGGCCUACUCCUCCUCGAUGGGUCCUCCCUCGCGGCUCUUGGCCGCCAUUUCGAUCGCCUCAUGCAACAAAUACAAGCACGGCUAGACUAUCUCUCGGAGCAGUCGCAGAUGGUGGCUCAACAGCAAUACGAUAGAGCAGGAAAUGCGAUUGCAGUAGCGGAUGCCGAAAUCGCUCGCUUCCACGAUAUAUUAAGGCAGAUUGACGAGCUAGAGGUGGAUUUUGAUCGUAUAAGGCACAUUAGGGAUAUUGUGAGGAGCUAUAGGCAGAGGGUGGAGCAGAUGGAACAGCAGAUAGAGCAUAGCGGCUCCAGCAGCCGGCACCGUCAUCGUCAUGGGGAAAGCUCUGGAAGCUCCAGCAGACGGCAUAGGAGGUAA